CCAUGAGCAAACAGAUGAAAGUUGGGAGGGGUGCACUAGUGCUGGGAAGAGGGUGGGGAGUGCGGAAUUCCAAGGAGGUAGGUUGGGAAAGGGGUGGAGCUUGGACCCUUAACUCAAGGUCUAAGUAGUAGCCAGAGGGCUAUAAAAACUUGGAGGAGCCAGGCAGGGAAAGCAACCGAAGGUGUGGGAUUUGCACACAUACGGAGGCCGGUAGGCAACAGCAGCUGCAGUAUCUACAGAAAGACUGAAACACCCACAGCAACACAGAUCAGGUCCAGGAUGCCGCGCCUGCUCUUGUCCCACCUGCUAGGUGUCUGGCUGCUACUGAGCCAACUUCCUAAGGAGACCUCAGGCGAGCGUUCAAACGACUUCGUUAAGGCAUGCGGCCGCGAAUUAGUCCGCCUCUGGAUCGAAAUCUGUGGCUCUGUCUCCUGGGGGAGGCCGGCUCCGAGACCGGCUCCGAGACCGGCUCCAAAACCCGCUCUGAGACCCGCUCUGAGCCAGGACAAGAAGCCUCGGCUGAGAUCUGGACCGCCAGCAGAAAUCAUGCCAUCCUCCAUCACCAAAGAUGCAGAAACCUUAACUACGAUGUUGGAAUUCACCCCUAAUUUGCCACAGGAGCUGACGGCCACACUGUCUGAGAGGCAGCCAUCGGCAGAGCCACAACAACCUGCUUUAAAGGAUUCAAAUCUUAAUUUCGAAGAAUUUAAGAAAAUCAUUUUUGACAGACAAAAUGAGGAAGAAGACGAGAGUCUUUCAGAAUUAAAAAACUUAGGCUUAGAUAAACAUUCCCGAAAAAAGAGACAGUUACAAAUGACACUGGGUGAGAGAUGUUGUCAAAAAGGUUGUAGCAGAAAAGAAAUGGCUACAGCAUGCUGAGCUGAAGCCAGCUGCGUAUUCCAUCUAAUGCUCACAUUUUUCUCAAUGGCACAUUCACUGAUGCCUCUGUCACCCCACUGAUUAUCAGAAUAUGAGAAAUCAUGUUUAGUGCUUAGAUUUCCCAUCUGAUGUGUAAAAAUAUGUCGCUUAUAUUACUGUACUUUCUGCUAAUAAAUUUUUUAUGCUAGAUGGUAUUUUUGUCUUUUUAAAUUCAUGACACCAUUAUGUUACUACUAUUUUUUUUUAAUGCUGCUGGCUUAAAAUUACAAUAAAAUCUUAAUCACUUUCGCCACACACAGUAACUCAAAGAAAAUUUUAAAAAUAGGUAGCUUAGUAAACCAUCA